AAGCACCUUCGCCUUUCCUCCCGCCAACCUCAACACCAGCACCGCCGCCGCCGCGGGCCACCGUCUUUCCAUCGACAUCAACCACCAAUCGCCGGAUUCCAGAUUUUCAAGUCCUUCAUUGUGUGAAUUGAAUUCAAAUUGUGUUUCAAAGGGAGUGAAUGAAUUCCAGUUCUUAAAGGGAAUUCAUUUCCCGACCUUUCCAAACACCUUUCUGGAAUGAGUGGUUCGUCAAGUCUAUUACAGCUAUGGCAGCUUUCUUCAUCGACAUACCUACUCAGAAGCUCCAUAUUCCCCAAAAGUCAGUUUACAGUGAUUGGGAGGGUCAUGCAACCUAUGGCAUGCUUGUGCAAGCAAGUGCAAACCAGUGCUUAUGGAAUCGUGAAUGGAAGCUACAUUCCUACUCAAGAAUCCAAACAGGAUAACAAAGUGAAAUCAACACCAGCGGUAGAAAACACAGGUGCCUUUAAAAAGUUACCCAUGGUAAUGCCAUCGGUGGAUAUAUUAUAUUCAGCACUGAGGAAAGCAAAGAGGGUUUCGCCUACAAAGGGCAUUGCUAAUAUUGCAAAGCGAGAGAGGAAUCGAGGUGCAAAACAACUUGAUGCAUUACUGAAGGAGCUAGCUCUUCCAUUGAGGACAUAUAAGGAGACGUUCCCAGUAAAACAACAUUUGCAUCCUUAUGAAAGAUCUUUGGUCGAGUUGACACUUGGAGAUGGAAACUAUGAAGCGGCUUUGGAAAGGAUUGACUCAUUGAGGAAGAAAGUUGUGUCAGUUGGAAAAGAACAUGCCUCUCUCUGUGCCAAGUCACUGACAAAGCGUGAAGCAGAGGAGCGGCUGAGUGAGGGAAUGAGAACCCUUGAAGAAAUUUUUCAUAGCGAAGGAAAAGCUGUUGAUGAACUGAUGGACAUUGCCAAGACUUUGAGAGCAAUGCCGGUUAUUGAUUUGGAAACUCCAACUCUUUGUCUUGUUGGGGCUCCUAAUGUUGGAAAAUCAUCUUUGGUUCGUGUACUUUCUACGGGGAAACCUGAGAUUUGCAAUUAUCCAUUUACAACCCGGGGAAUUUUAAUGGGGCACAUUUCUUUGAGCUACCAAAAUUUUCAGGUUACCGAUACUCCUGGUAUCUUGAGGAGGCAUGAUGAGGACAGGAACAAUUUGGAGAAGUUGACGCUGGCUGUUCUGAGUCACUUACCGACAGCAGUCCUCUAUGUCCACGAUUUAUCUGGGGAGUGUGGGACAUCACCUUCUGAUCAGUUUGCCAUUUACAAGGAAAUGAGAGGAAGGUUUAGUGAUCAUAUAUGGCUUGACGUUGUCUCCAAAUGUGACUUGCUCCAUCAAUCCCCUCUUCUCUUUGUAACAGAAGAUGCCAAAACUGAUCAUCCCGAGCUCGUAAAGUACAGAAAAAUGGGACCCGAUGGGGCGUUACACGUCUCAGUGAAGAGCGAAACUGGCCUUGAUGAUUUGAAGAGCAGAGUUCACCAGCUACUUGCAUCUCAAUCAGAAAGGAUUGACAACCAAAAAAGCAAACAAGAAAACCUUGAAGCUCCUCUCCUCUAUAGUGCUCCCUGACAAGAAACUUAUUAAAAGAGGCCACUCCCAAUGAAGAAGAAGAUCCGAAGUCAUAUACUCCGUAUUUCUCUUUUGCUUGCCGUUCAGCGAAUUAGGCCACACAAGGCAUAGCUCAAGCGGUCUGUUUGUAUCAUACUCCACGAAUGAAUGAUAAUGAAUGAUAUUGAUCACUAUCUUUUCUUUCAUAAAAAAAAAAGUUAACCAACACGUUUAGUAAAUUAAUAGAUUUUGA